UUUCAUUAAGUUAUAACUCAUAAUAACAAAAUAUUUUACAAAUAAAUAUAUCUACAAUAUAGCCAAUCAAUUUCACGCAAGGAUAACAUUUAAUAUUUUAAAAUUUACUAUAACCAUUCGAUUAUGAACUUUAACAGGGUUAUAUAACCAUAGCUUGGUAUAAAUAAAAUAAAAAAUAUUCAACAAAGUCCAAUUAAAUAUAAUGUUAUAAAUUAGUAGAGUUUACAUUAAAACAUUUAAUAAAAUGGAUAUUUAAUCCAAAAUGGAAGCGUGUAAACGUACUUUACUCCUAUUAAAUAAGCUUAAAAUAGAUCAGUUCCUUAGAUCAAUAUUACACCUGGUCCAAAUAGCUCUGCUCAAACAAUACAAAUGAGUCCAUUUUAAUCAUAUAAUUCUAAGAUACUCACUGCUGCUACAGUAAAAGGGUUAAAUGAAGUAUCUUAAUCUGGAAAUUAAUAAUUUUUAAUUUUUAACUAGUAACAAAAUGCUUAGUUUAUUUAAAAUUAGCAAGAUUAGCAAUCAAACAUCAUGGAAAUUACACGCUAAGUUCCUUAACCUCCUAAAAAUCAUCACUAAAGCAAGCGUAUUUUUGAUGAGGGAGAAUAAAAUAAUACUUCUUAUGGUUCUAAAAUAAGGGCAAACUAAUCUUCUAUAAUAGAAAAUAACACAUCUUUAGGAAACAUUUCGUAAAGAGGAAAUUUGAGAAAUAGUUCCUUCAUUCGUAAUACUCAAUAUGAUAAGGACUAGAAUAUAUCUUAGAAAUAUCCUUACAAUAAUGUCAAACAAAAUGUAAACUCUAAACAGUAUCAAGGUAGUUUUAUUUAAAGGAAUUCUUCUCAUGAGUAGAAUAAUAGAAGCACAUCUUGCAAUUAAGAUGUGAACUAAAAAAAGACAUAAAACGAUUUAAAUCAGCUUAAAAGAAAUCUUGUUUUCGAAAAAAUAAAUAAAUAAUCAUUUGGUAGUUAAUAAAAUGUUAAUGUAUCAAACCCAGUGAUUAAGUAAAGCGAUUUAAUACCUGGAUAAGGUAUUAACAAUAAUCAAUUCAACACUUAGCAGUAAACAAUAAAGAGGAAUAAUAUAUUUGCUACUACCAAUAGUAAUUCAAUUAAAGCAAGUAAUAACACGAGUGGAAGUUUAUUCAUUCUUAAUACUUCUUAGGACUAAGUUUCAAAAGGAAUACCUUCUCCAAGCAACUAUCAAAGUAACGACGUUCUUCAAACAUAACAAAGCUAGAUAUAAAGCCAUAAUGAGCAGGAAAGAUAAAUUAUUAAUAAUAACUUGAAAAUAGAUUUAUCUCAAAAUACUUUAAACGUUGUUAAAUAUACACCAAAGUAGGAAAUUUUUAGCUUUGAAAAUUCUUAAAUAUACAUUGAAGAUUAAGUAGAAACACCACUAGCACCUCACAUGUUUCAGCAUAAUAAUUUUACAUAAAGCAACAUAAACUCUUGUUAAAAUGCAGAUACGUUGAACUUUUUUAGUACAAAUUAAAACGAAUAAAUGUCCAAGGUUUCAAAAGAUAAAAGUAACUAGGAUGAAUUUAAUUCACAUGACUAUAAAGUAUCUCUGUUAGAAGUCACAAAUAAUGAUACAUAUGAAUCAAAUAAAAUAGCAUGUUAGAUAGCUGGGAACAGCAACAAUGAAAAAAAUGUUUAUAUCAAAGAGUUCGACUAAGAAAAGCAGUUAUUUGAUUAACAAACAAACAGAAUUAAUGAACUCUAAGCAGAAAACGUUAUGCUCAGAAACAACCUUUAAGAAAUAAAAGAGAUGUACAAUAAUUCUCAGAUAAACAUUACGAAAUUUUAAAAUACAUAGGAAGAGAACAAUUAACUAAAGAUUUAAAUUUUACAAUUAUAGCUAUAAAACAAAGAAUAUUUGGAUAAAAUCAAAGAUUAUGAAUAAAAAAGUUCUAAUGCUUAUUCUCAAAAUAAUUAUUUCUCUAAUGAAAAUAGCACAAAAGGAGAGAGAAAAUCAUAAAAUUCUCUCAAUGAACAGCUGAGAGAGCUUCAAGAAAAGAAUGAGUUAUUGUCAAAAGAAAAAGUUAGUUUGAUGGAGUUGCUUCUCAACUAAGAAAAACUUUAUAAUCAACUUUCCCAAGAUUUUUUAAAGCAGCAAAACUCAUAGGAAAGUUAAAGAUUUUCAUAGCCAGCAGUAGCACCGUAGAUUCAAAUGCCUCAUCCCAAAUACAUAUAACAAUUAGAAGACCAGGUGAAGUCUUUAGAGAAAAAUAUAGAAACGUUAAAAACAGAAAUUAUAGACAAAGAUAAUUUAAUUUAAUAAAUGUAAUUUGAUCUCAAAGAUUCCUAAAAGCAGCUUGGUCUCUUCACAGAUUAAAUAUUAGUCCUAAAGGAAAAACUUGAAAAAAAAGAUGAUGAUUAAAGGCUACUUCAAUUAGAAAAAGAACUUAUAUCUAUUUAAAAUCAGAACAAAAGCUUAAUAGAAACGAACAGCAAUUUAUAAAAGCAUAUUGAAAUGUUAGAAUAAAUCAAAACAAGUAAACCACCAUAAUAAUUAUAAUAACAAUAACAACAUUAAUAAUAAUAACAAGAAUUUUAACCACCUCAACGUGUUUAAUUAAGUAAAUACUUUGACUAAAACAGAGAAAAUGAGCUUUAAAUAAAACCUUCUUUGGGUGGAUAAGCGUAUUUAAACAGUAACAGCAAUCAUAUCCAUACAAAUUAUUCAGAUAAAACAUACGUUAACAAGCAAAAUUAUGAAAAAUUCAUGUCAAAUGGCAAUAACAAUUUAAACAAUAAAUACCAAAACGCGAAAAAUCAAAAUUAAAUAUUAUUUACAGUAAAUUCAAGUAAAAAGCUUUCAGUUAACAAAAUAGAAGAUUCUUCUUAUAAAGACCCUUACAACUAAAAUAAAUUUUAGAGUUUGUAUAAUUGA